GUGAGGGACUGAGAGACUGAGGGGAGGGAGGGCAGCAGGCAUUGAAGUGGGCCAUGUGCCUGCAUUCGCUCGCAUUGUGCCCGCGGUCUCCCACAGACACCUCACCCCUUCCCCCCUGGCUGCUGCCCGCGCCUCAGAGAUGCACUUCCCCAGAGGCAGGGACACUGCCUGAUCUCCCAUUUCCCCUCCCGCAUCACCUUGGCACCCGCAGAUGGAUUCAAACUCCUUGCUGAGGGGCACGGGCCGGGACAAGAGGCACUGGGCGGUCGGGGCGCGUUUCAAGUGCAAAAGUUUGCCCACGCUGAGCGGCUCGUGUUUGGGCGGCCGGGAAUCGGAGCUGAGUCCGGCCAAGAGCAGCUCGAUCGCCGCCUUCUCUGCAUCCUCCUCGGCGGUGCCCGGGAGCAGCGUGAAGCCGGUACCCGGUGCCCGGUGGAAGGGCCUGACCAGCUCGAUCCGAGGCGACUCCCGAUGCUUCCUGCUGUGUGUGUGCUGCCUGACUUUUAUCCAGUCCCUCAUGGUCUCCGGCUACCUCAGCAGUGUUAUCACCACCAUGGAGAGGAGAUACAACCUGAAAAGCUCCGAGUCCGGACUCCUGGUCAGCUGCUUCGACAUUGGCAGUUUGCUGGUGGUGGUCUUCAUCAGUUACUUCGGCGGCAGGGGGCACAGACCCCGCUGGCUGGCCGCGGGGGGGCUCCUGAUCGCCGCAGGGGCUGCCCUCUUCAGCCUGCCCCACUUCAUCUCCCCUCCGUACCAGAUCCAGGAGCUGAACACGUCCUCCUCCAACCAGGGGCUGUGCAGCGGCGCCACGGCCAACAGCAACAACACCGAGGGCUGUGUCACUAAGGACUCCUCCGGCCAUCACCACUCGCUCUACGUGACCCUAUUCGUCUGUGCUCAGUUCCUCAUCGGUGUGGGCUCGACCCCCAUCUACACCCUGGGCCCCACUUACCUGGACGAUAAUGUGAAAGCAGAGAACACAUCUUUGUACUUGGCCAUCAUGUAUGUUAUGGGAGCAUUAGGUCCUGCAGCAGGAUACCUUCUAGGGGGAGUAUUGAUUGGCUUCUACGUAGACCCCUGGACAAUAAUUCAGAUUGACCAGAGUGACCCACGCUUUAUUGGAAAUUGGUGGAGUGGAUUUUUGCUUUGUGCGAUUGCCAUGCUUUUAGUUAUAGUGCCAAUGUUCACUUUCCCCCAAAAACUACCACCUCGACACAAGACGAAAAAGAAAAUGGGCCCGGGAGAUUCAAGUAAUGAUGAUGAGAUGAUGAAAGAGAAAUCCGACAGCCGAGAACCUCGAAAGAGUACGGUUGCUUCCUCAAUGGCUUUUGGAAAGGACAUUAAAGACAUUCCCAAAGCUGCUGUCAGGAUCUUGAGCAACAUGACAUUCCUGUUUGUGAGUUUGUCAUACACAGCAGAAAGUGCCAUCGUCACCGCUUUUAUUACCUUCAUUCCCAAGUUCAUUGAAUCUCAGUUUGGCAUCCCAGCAUCUAAUGCAAGCAUUUACACUGGUGUGAUCAUUGUUCCCAGUGCUGGUGUUGGCAUUAUCCUUGGGGGCUAUAUUAUUAAAAAGCUCAAACUUGGUGCACGAGAAUCAGCAAAACUUGCCAUGAUUUGCAGUGGGGUCUCUUUAUUGUGCUUCUCUACACUCUUCAUUGUUGGCUGUGAAACCAUUAACCUCGGGGGCAUUAAUAUACCAUACACCACUGGCCCUUCACUUACAAUGGCUCACAGAAAUCUAACAGGAGGCUGCAACGUGAACUGUGCGUGCAGAACCCAUGAGUAUGAGCCUGUCUGUGGAUCGGAUGGGAUCACGUACUUCAGCCCUUGCUUAGCUGGUUGUUCAAAUGUUGUCAAUGAAAGUACAGGGAUGAAGAACUACACUGACUGUGCCUGUGUUCAAAGCCGGCAGGUGAUAACGCCCCCUACCGUCGGUCAGAGAAAUCAGCUCCGAUUGGUCAUUGUGAAAACGUAUUUGAAUGAGAAUGGCUAUGCUGUGUCUGGCAAGUGUGAACGGACGUGCAAUACACUGAUCCCUUUUCUGAUAUUUCUUUUCAUCGUCACGCUCAUCACAGCUUGUGCACAGCCAUCAGUGAUCAUAGUAACACUCAGGUCUGUAGAAGAUCAAGAGAGACCUUUUGCUCUGGGAAUGCAAUUUGUUCUGUUACGAACCCUUGCUUACAUUCCGACUCCAAUCUACUUUGGGGCUGUGAUUGAUACGACCUGCAUGCUUUGGCAACAGGAGUGUGGUGUUGUUGGCUCCUGCUGGGAAUAUGAUGUCACGUCAUUCAGAUUUGUCUACUUUGGACUGGCAGCUGGUCUCAAGUUUGUCGGCUUUAUUUUCAUCUUUGUAGCCUGGUAUUCAAUCAAACAUAAAGAAGACCAUUUGCAAAGGUGGAGACGUACAGCCUCACCCAUAAGCACUGUCAGUGAGCUGAUCAGUAACCCAGGGACCCAGCACAACUAUGCACAGACUCAGUCAUGUCCUACCUUUCAAACAAGGGCUGAAGACAAUGAAUAUCAAACACAGUCUGGAUCAGUCCAGCGCAUAGCACAGACAUUUCCUGGGACGCUCCAGGAAGCUGGAAGUUGUAAAGCCAAGAAUACACUGGACGACAUGACAGUUCAAUAUUGAGUGAAUUCAGUGCUAUGCCACCUUGGGCAUUUAGUUAUUAAACACUGAUGACGGUUUUGAAGUUUAGUUCUUUGACAAAAAAAAAUCACCCUUUGUGAAGUUUCUCCAGGUAAGCCACAGAACCUGUGCCUUUUUAAAUUUGAAAUGGUGACAUGCACCAAGCAGAUAAACCAACCACAGUGUGCAGAAGGGCCAGAUACCUCAAUGAAAUUAGAAAUCUCAGAUACCUUGUAUCUUUUUAAUCUUGUUAUGGAGUGAUCGUUUGCACUCGUGCUCUUUACAUUGGUAUUUGGAGGAAUGGGGAACAGAGACAAUUGGUGAACAUGCGGGGAGGUGAAAAUAGAAUCAGUGUAAGUGAGACAUUUUUGUUCUGAGAAUCUUCCAAAUAAUUUUCAGUUAAAUGCUAUUCUUAUCUAUUUGAGGUGACGUGUUAGAAAUCUCUGCUUGUUCAAACUGUCAGCUAUUACAGCUUCCACUGGGAAUAACUUUCUAAUAUUUUGCCGGGCAGAAAACUGCUGUUAAGGUGAGCAGGCCAUGUUAGAAACUAUCUGCCUGUCAAGUCCAUUGUGAUUCCAUAAAGGUGUGACUGGUGUUACUCAAUCAGCAAGUUGAAAACCUACCACAGUUCCUGAGUUGGGCCUGAUAAAUUGCGUGCAAUGACCAUUUUUAAUGCAAUUGUUUAAAAUCCUGAGAAACAUUUUACAAGACAUUAUAUUGUUGAAUCUUGUAAAACCAGAACCUGCUGGAAAAAUGCAAAGAAAUUCAGAGUUUGACAGUCUUGCCCUUUACUCACAAUAUUCUCUGUUUUUGUUUUCAACAUUUAUAAUGUGGACAUGUCUUGUGCCUUUGCAGGGUGGGCAGCAAGUUAAAUGUCAGGUCUUAUCAGUUUCCUCGCUUUGAUAACUCAGUAGAUGUUGUCAUAAUGACACAUUUCUGAGAAGUAGCACCUAGAUUCACAAUAAGACAUUAAUGCUAAUAAACUGUAGCAUUCGGCAUUCAUGUGGCAACAGUUGGCACUGCCAAGACAAGCUGACACUGGACACCUUCAGAAACAGUUGGGAAAAAUAAAACCUGUGGGUGCUGUAUGUAAAAUAUAAGAAGAACCUAUAAGCAUUGCAAAUGAGACAUAAAAACAAAGAACUUUGCAAGUAGAGAGCAAAUUUGUCUGCAUCUAAAAAGAAGAGGCACAAAUCUUUCAGGUCCGAGCGUUCACUUGUCCUCAAAUAUUAUCUUUUGAAUCCUGGCCUGUUUUGCAUUUUGCAUGUCUCUGUGUAUUUUACAGAAGUGGAUGUCAUGUUUUCUAUGGGAAACCAGCGAGUUACUUACUGUGAACAAGUCAAAGGAUGCUAAGUGAAAAUGGGUGCAGGUUGUUCAGCUGUGGCUAAGCUUUUCUGCUGUAUCCCACGUAUGUAACCCAUCUCAUUGAUGUCAACCCAAUGUGAGACUUACUUAAGCACAAAAGGAAUCUCUGGAGCAAGCAUUUCUGGGCUGUUCAAAUAGAUUGCUGUUUCAAGUCUGACAAGUCAGCUUGGGAAACUCAUUGGGUGCAGUCAUUGUUAUAAAGGAGGAAUCCUCCUCAUGUUUAAUAUCCACUUGGAGCCAGGAAGAAAUCUCCGUGGAGGUUGUGAUUAUUUUUUCAGCAGGGAUACUUAAAAGGGAUGUUUCCUACACAUUCCGCAAAGUUUAACAGCGGGAUGGAAUUUGCAUUCGUUCGACAGUUCUUGCAACAGAGCGGUUGGGAUGGAUGCCAGAUAAAAAUAUCAAAGGAGGCAAAUGACAGGAAAAUUGGACAUUGCUGGGGUCGAUCUGCCCAAAUAAAUCACCAUUAUUGAGGAGAUAUGUGUAUUGUGGUAGGAGGUGGGGAAUUGGGCCUCUGGGGCUCAGCUGCAUUCUCUUCUUGCCUGGGAAAUCUGGAAAUUGGUGGGAAUGGACUUGGAUUUUGGAAUUCCACAUUUUUCCCUUCCCUUCCCUCAAGGCUCCCCGUACCUGCCCCAACUCCCUGCUAACUCCUCCCAUGAGUGUCUUAUUCUAGCAUAAAAAUGGUGGCGAUUUCCACAACAUUGGGAUUGGUUGCCCAAGGCAUAGACUUGGACUCCCAAAGGCAGAAAAAGUGUAAAUGUUUGGGGAUGGGGUGGCCUGGAUUGAUACAUGAUAUCUGUAGCCUCUAGACUGGUAAGGCACUGAAGUACCCAUAAAAGUCCAUUGCCCUGAAAGUAACCCUGAAACCUGUCUGGGAUGCUACAAAUCUCUGGGGAUAUAAUGCCAAUAUGACUGCUAAGGUUAUAGCCUGGGCAUUCCCCACCGGGAGGGGGCUGGGAAGUAUCCUUAUUCACAGAGUCAUAGAGAUAUACAGCACAGAAAAAAGACCCUUCCAUCCAACAUGUCACACUGACUAGACAUUCUAAACUGAUCUAGUCCCAUUUGCCAGCAUUUGGCCCAUAUUCCCCUCAACACUUCUCAUUCAUAUACUCAUCCAGAUGCUAUUUAAAUGGUGUAAUUGUGCCAGCUUCCACCAAUGCCCCUGGCAGCUCGUUCCAUACGCACACCACCCUCCGCAUGGAAAUGUUACCUUUUAGGCCCCUUUUAAAUCUUUCCCCUCUCACCUCAAACCUAUGCCGUCUAGUUUUGGACUCCCCCACCCUGGGAAUAAGACCCCUUCGAUAUUCACCCGAUCUAUGCCCAUCAUGAUUUCAUAAACUUCUAUGAGGUCUCCCCUUAGCCUCAUAUAUUCCAGGGAAAAUAGCACCAGCCUAUUCAGCCUCUCCCUAUAGCUCAAACCCUGGCAAAAUCCUUGCAAAUCCUUUCUGUAACUUCUCAAGUUUAACAACAUCAUUCCUGUAGAAGGGCAUCCAGAAUUGCAUGCAGUAUUCUAAAAGUGGCCUCACCAAUGUCCUGUACAGCUGCAACAUGACCUCCCAACUCCUAUACUCAAUGUUCAAUUUAUUCAGGUUAGCAGCUGACACUUGCAGCACCUCCACUGGCAAUCUGUUCUUUUUAAAAGAGAAAUUUCAGGCCACUGGUUCAGAAGGUAGUGCCAGGAUGGUGUUUUGGUGCGACAGUGGUGUUGGCUGGAGUGGAUGGGGCGAUGUGGGCAAGUGAUAUUGUCUUGUGAGGGAGCCUUGCUCCUCCAGUCUCCAUUGGAAAUUCUUUUUGAUUUUGUGUUUUAAAAUUCACCACUUUUCACUGAAGGAAGCAAAGCAGAACAGUGCCAACUCCUGUUCUGCUUUAGGAUGCCUAAUUUCCCACAGGGACCCAAAAACAAAUUAUGGUCCCUUCAUUUACAUCAUACGGGGAGAGUGCAGGGAAGUGGAGUUGAAAUGCCCAUCAGCCGUGAUUAAAUGGCCUUACUUCCACUCCUAUGUCUUAUGGUCUUAAUUUAAGUAGAUUCGAGGCCAGCCAACAUAGCUCUGUUUGAACAUUUGACUGGGGAUUUAAAGGCUCCUGGUUCAAUCCAAAAUUUCAGGAGUCAGUGUGAUUGUUUAAAGUCUUGUGGCACACUGGCAGUGUCCAUGUUUCUGGGCCAUAAGUACCAGGUUCAAGUCGCACAUAAGGAUGGCAUGGCUAUGUAGGUGUGUCAGAACUCAUCCAAGCAGGUUGAUUUAAAACGAAAUGAGGUCAGACCUUAUUCCCUAAAAUUGCCACGGUUGUGCUUCAAUCAUUUCCAUAAAUAAGCUGCAGCAACAUUCAAGUCCAUCCCCUGUGUCUGGAAUAAAUACCACGUGGUCCCAGAGCCAUAUUACUGAUGAACUCUGCAAUAUUUUUACAGUGAGCAUUAACAGGUUUGAAGUAUUUUUCCAGCUAAAGUGAAUGACAUUUUCAUUGAUUUCUUAACAAUAUUUAUGAUUUGUUGACUUGAGUAAUGCACCUGUUCAUUUUAAUAUGAUUUAGACAGCUGCAUUGUGUGUUUGCAAACAAACAAGGAAACGGUUUGCCAGGAAUUAUGACUCAAAAUCAUCUUUCUUUAAACACAAAAUGCAAGAUCAGAAUUUUAUUAACUAAUGAAUAUUUUAACAAAUGGGAAUUCACAAGACCUAGAAAAGGUCAUUGUUUAUGUUAACAGUUUGGUGUGGAUAGAUUAAUGCCUUUUAUCCAUUACCUUAACCACAGCUGUCAGUGUGUUUAUUUCAAAUAGUUUGAAAUCUCUUACUGAAGAAUGUCAUUAGAACAUAAUAAAAUAUGUUACUCAUUAUUGGCUAAUAUUCCUAUAGCAGUUUCUAGUUUAGAUGAGGAUCAGCUUUGGUUUUAGUCAGAUAUUACUGAUAGAAUUGAGUAGCUAAGGUACCUAUGAAAAAAUGCGCACAACAAUAUAUCUUACAACUGUACUAAAAGUAUACACUAAGGUCAGAUUAAAAGCAAAACUCAAAUUUUGCAAGAACUGGUAUACACGUUUUUAGCCUUCUCUUGCAGCGAUUUCAGUUAAGACACUACAGUCACUCUUGAAGUAUGUCCACUGAUAAAUAUAUUUAAAACCACUAAGUAUUUUUUUUCGGUUUUGUCACUAAACAGCUGUAUUUUGUUAAUUUUUAACUUGAAUACAGAGCAAAUGAAGUAGGAUUUAAUAAGAAAUCUUGAUUGCACUUAAUAGCAGCAAAAAUAAUUGGAUCAGAACUUGUAAUAUAUUUCCAAAGUUCUUUUUAUAUAUUUGCAAUUCACUAAAUUUGUUAUAAAACAUAUCUGAUGCAGCAAACUUUGAAAUACUUGAACAUUGAAGCACUAUAUUGUAUGCAUGUUCAUCACUGUUUCAUCUGCAUGCACUUUUAAGUCUGCUUUCCUUUCCAGGAAAUGCCUGAACAUAUCGCAUACAUUAUUACACACACUGUAAUUCAUCCAAUGCAAAUGUCUCCAAUGAUUUCACAUACCCAUAGAACGAUAUUUAAAUUGUAUAAUGUCAUAUCGGUGUGGUUUCCAAAGGUGAGAUGGUUUUCAUAUUUCUAAAUUUUAGAUCUGAUCUGUUCCGUAGAAGUCAGUUGGAUGUAGUUUAGGGAAGCCCAUAGCAAGUAAUUCAGGCAAAGCAGUACAGCAAAUUAGGCUAGUGAGCUCAAAAUGUAUUUACUCCUUGCUGAGACUGUUAAUUGAAGCAAUUGUUAAUACUCACAGUUUCUGUUACAUGAUUAAUGAUCCUUUUAUUGUCAGUAUAUUUUUAAAGUUAAUUUUUACGUUCCCUUCCUUUUAAUGCUUCUCUCUGCUCUCAAACCUACAAAGUCCUCUUUGCUGUGUUAUCCUUUUCCUGUCUUUUCCAGCAUAUCAAUGAGAGAAAUCUGGCCUUUUCCUUUGAGUUCAAAAGUAUUUUAAGUAAGAAUGUAAUAACGUGAAUAAAGUGUGUGUAUAUAUUUUGACCAAUAGCACAGCCUGUCACUCAGGGCAAUCUAUUCAUGGAUAAACAUCUGACAUUAUAUCCUCUUGAGACUACAUAUUCUAUGAGCUGUGUUCAACAGAAGCUCUUUCGUACAAAUACCAUACUUAAUAAUCAAAAUAGAUAAACAAACACAGUGACAUUAUUAUGUUAAUAGAAAAUCCUAAAGUAGUUGUGCUUUUAUUGUGUGGAGAGCAGAAUGUUUGUGAUCGGAAAUUCACAAAUUAAUUUGAUCGUAUCCAGGUUGAAUGAGUGAUGGUUUGCAGUAUGAUCAAUCCCUAAAAUUAAUGCAACUCUACUAUUGUGGUCAGGUUCUAAAGUGAAAGACUGUGUAAUUAGCACUGGCGCAAAGUAGCUGCUGAAAGCAAGUGAUUACUGCUACAGAUGCUUAUUAUUAUGAGUUAUACUGUAUUUCAGAUAGCUCAUUUAAAUUACCUAGGAGCUUUUUGUAGAAUUUUUUUUUGGAAAAUAGGAUGAAAGUUAGAACACUUCACAGACUGCACUCCUUGGCCUAACAACAGAUGCCUGGGAUUAAGUAUGCCAGAAUUCCAAAGUAUCCUUUUCCACAGUUAAGAUUUUUUUGUUAGCGACCAACUUAUUUUUGCCAACUUUGCUUUGCAAAUGUUAUAUCUUCCCUGCUAUUCCAAAGGUGGUGAUUCCUUGCUAGGAUUUAAUCGGUCCUUGUUCCUGUCAGAUACAUCACCCAGUUAUUCAUGUGUGUAUAUUGGCAGUGAGCAUUGGUCCAUCACUGAACAAGUCCAGCUCAUUCUGACUUAGUAUUUUCAGCAAGAGACACGGGAUAGCAGGCAGGGCCUGGAACACUUAUCUCACUGACAGCAUUCGAUAAACUUUACUGCCUUCUUGGCUGAAAUCAGGUAAUCAAGCACACACUGUAAUCCUCAGAUAGUCACUGGAUUAAGAACAAAACGAAUAGAAGCAGUAAAGAUCUAUUGAGUGCAGGUGAAUGGAAUUCUUGUACCAUGUUUGCAGUGGGCAUUUUAACCAAACACAUACCUCUACCAGCAGCAUCAACAGCCCCCUUCCACAGGUGGGUCCAAUGGGAACAGGGAUCGACUUGUAUUUUUCAAAACAAUGUUUAAAACAAUCGCAUCAAUUGUACUGGAUGUAUAUGUGGUGUGCUUGUCACGAACAAAGAAGUGACUGAUAUAAGUCCGUUUGUUUUUGGAGUAUACUGUAGUCAAUAUUUAAGUUUUCUAAAUAAUUGGUUUAUUGAUAAUGUAUUUAUUUCAAAGACUGUAAUAAUGACUGUUGUCAAGCCUUUAAUUGCUUCCUUUUGUUAUCAGGAACAUCUGUAAACGUCAUGUUCAUUAACAACCUGUUUACAUGAAAUACUUGAUAUGUCAUCAAUAAAAUACAACUGAUCACA